AUGUCAAAAAUGAUCAACAUAUUGUUAUUGAUUACCUGUUUGGUGACCAUUAGUACUGGCCACAAAAAUAAUGAUAUGCCUGUUGGGUUGAAAGAAGAAGAUUUAGAAUUGGAGAGACAACUAAGUAUCCUUAACAAGUCUCCUAUAAAGAGUAUCCAUACAAAAUCGGGAUAUAUAGUUGAUUGUAUUGAUAUUAACAAACAACCGGCUUUUGAUCAUCCUUUAUUAAAAAAUCACAAAGUGCAGAAAAAACCAAUUUUUGAAAGAAAUAUUACAGAAAAAAGAGUUCAGAAUUCAUCAAUCAACCCUAAAUUUAUACUUGUGAAAUUUAGAUGUCCUCGAGGAACCGUUCCUAUUCGAAGAACAACAAAAAGUGAUCUAAUUCAAGACAAAUCUUUAUUCAAUGCACAUAAUGUAACUCAAAAUGGUUCCAUUAAUAAGUUUGCUCGUGUGUAUCUUAAACAAGCAAGUUCUCCUUAUUAUGGAGUUAGUGGAACUAUUAGUGUUUGGAAUCCAAAAGUUUAUAAAGGUCAAUCGAGUACCGGUUAUUUAUAUGUUUUAAAUGGAGAAGGAGAUAACAUUAACAAAAUUUCUCUCGGAUGGCAUGUAUCUCCACAAUUAUAUAAUGACGGGGAAACUCAUUUAUACUUGUUCUGGGCGUCAGGUAAAGAGGGAUGCUUUAAUAUGUUAUGCAAGGGUUUCAUUCAAGUGGACCGAUCAUAUCACUUCGGUGCACGUAUAUCUAAAACAUCUACCUAUGGCGGAAAUAUUAUUGAGCUGCCACUUAAAAUUUCUCGGGAUAAUGUAGGCAAUUGGUGGUUAAAAGUGGUAGAUAAGGAUAUUGGAUAUUUUCCUGCAGCUUUAUUCUCCAGAUUGUCCACUCGAGCUGAUGAAGUAGGAUGGGGUGGAUAUACAGUAACUCCGGCUGGUACUACUAGUCCAGCAAUGGGUUCCGGAUACAAACCAGAUAAUGAUGCUACUCAUGCAUCUUAUUUUAAGUUUGUUAAAUAUUUGCUAAUAAUUGGAACCGAAGUUGAUCCUCUACCACUUAUGGUAGAUACUUAUAAUGAUGCUCCUAAUUGCUAUGGAGUUACAAACUAUCAAAAGACAAAAAAGGAUUUUGGGUAUUCUCUUCAAUUUGGAGGACCAGGUGGUAAUUGUAGAACUUAACUAUAAUGAUCAUGUUUUUGUUAUAUGUAAUAAAGAUAAUACAAAAUAUUAUCCUUCAAUUAUUUAAAAAGGUAGUAAUACAAAUAU